UAGAUCUAAAAAAUGGAACUGAUUUCACAGCUGGGUGAUGAACAUUGCUGCGUUCGAUCUUGAGGAGAGCAACAAGUACGAAAAUCAUUUCUUUCUGUGUACCAGUAAUCACAAAGUCACCGCAAUGGAAAUGGUUAAGCCUUUGACAGAAGAUUUACUCGAUCUGGAAAAAGGAAUAGUGAUGUAUGAUGCCGAACUUCAAAAAAACGUUUUUGUGAUUGCACCUGUACUGUUUUUUCGUGGAGACAACGUUCGUCAGGCGGAACUAGCCUUAAGCAAAGGAUUAGGGCUAAUCACCCAUCCAAUAGCCUUGAGGUAUAGCUCCGAAACGUACACUGCUGAGUUAAGAACAUUAGAAGAUUUUCUUUCCUUUGUAAACCCGGAACAACCAGAGCGUGCAUCCCCGGGAGAAAUCGGGUUCAAGCUGACAGAUGCCGAGGAUUUGUUGAAGUUAAAGGCGGUCGAUUUGUCUCAAGAUUUGCCUCUUCAACUGUUAACUCAAUUUUUCCGAAACUACAACUCCAAAGUAUUGCAUCGCAACCUUACAUCUUCAUUAACCGCAUUUCGCUCUUUUGUCGGAAGAGAUUUUAAAAUCCUCGUACAACUACUCCCAACACUUUUGCAAAAAGCAAACUUUUUCAAUUCUUCAUUGUUCGAUGAAAAUCAAGAUUCCUUUAGAUCCAUGUUUGAAUGCUUUGACAAUCUCGGCUUACUCGCUUCACUGGUAUACAUGGAAAAAAUCAACAAUUUUCACUACUACAAGCAAAUAUUAGAUAUAACUGUGUCGAAGACCAUCACAGCUAUGGACGACUUACAUCAUACGACCGUUUUGACUAGAAGAAGAUCUGCUGCUGCUGGAACAGAAGCUAUCACCAAAAGGAACUUUUCGUCAUUGUGCAACCGACUGAAAUCCCAUUUAUUGAUCCAUAUUUCGCAAGAUGUUGAACGGUUUUCCGGUGGUCCUCAUACCGAGACUGAACGAGAUGUUGCUGUUCGAUUUGCCGAAGAGUUCAUGCUUCGUCAUAUCAGUCAAGGUGGUUUAUUCGUUAAGGAUCCGUCCUCUUCACUUUGGGAAACGUGUGGCGUCAAAGUUCUGGAAUCGUUUGAUGCAACGAUUAAUCAAAGCGAGCUUGAAUUAUUAGACAACAACAACAGCCAGAAAAAGCUUGCACUUGGAACUACUGGUGUCUUUCGCAAUGGUAACAGUUCCAAGUCAAGCGGUCUUUCCCUUGGUAAAACUGUUAUGAAAAACGGCCAAGACUUCCUCGUCCAAGCAUAUGAUUUUGUUUGUCAUGACUCCUUUUCGCAAGGUCCACAAUCAAGUAUUUAUGAAAGCUGCGUUUUAGAUGUUGCUGGCAACGUUAUAACUCGCAGACUACCAGGUGACGAUUUUGUAAUUGCUGGUCGUGAACAAAAUCGCGUUGAAUUCGUGCUGGACAUGUCACAACCUCCUAUCUCUUCGGAUUACGACACUUCUUCGACGUUGAGUAUUAACAAAUCAAAAUUCGAUAGCAUUUGGUGGCUUCUCAACACGCGUUGUAGUUUGGAAAAAAUCGUAAGAUUACCAAACUUUUAG